CUGUAUUAUGAUGUGGUGUAAUUCUGAGUGUUUUUAAUAUAUAGAUAUAUAGAUGCAAGUCACAACACAAAACACCACCGUGAACAACUGAAGAGGCAUCCACUGUUCUAGCUUCUAGCAUCACCAAAGGUCUCGGCCCAGGAACCUGAAUAGCAAGUUUAGAUAUGGCUGCUAUUACUGCUAAUAUACGAUAUGCGCCAGAGGAUCCUUCACUUCCUAAACCAUGGAGAGGCCUGAUUGAUGGUAAGACGGGAUAUAUUUACUUUUGGAAUCCAGAGACCAAUGUUACUCAGUAUCAAAAGCCUGGAACAAUACAAGUAAAACCAGAUUCAUCGGAUAAAUGCGUAACAGUGGCUACAUGUUCAUCUGUUCAAGCUCAACAUUCCUCACAGGUACCAAAUCAGGAACUUACUACCAUUGAUGGCAAUGAUAGAAAUGGUAGAGGCAGCGAUGGUUGUGGUGAAAGAAGUGAUCAGAACCACAAGAGUGUUACUGGCUGGAUGUUUCGUGAAGGAACAGCAGUAGAAGUGUCUUUUCAGAAGGAAAAUUUUAAUGUUUGGCAUGUGGGAACUGUCAUGAAAGCAACUGUGAAUGAUAAAUGUUUAGUGAAAUAUCAGUGCCCAGGGGGUGAUAAUGAACAUAAAAUUCAAGAAUUUGCGUAUUCGCCGAAUAUUCGGCCUUCACCCCCAAGUUUGGAGGAUAAUGAUUACCUUCUGCUUGAGAAAGUGGAGGCAUACUUUGAAUGCUGUUGGUGGAGUGGAAAAAUUAGGAGACUUCUUGAAGAUAGGAGGUACAUUGUUGGCAUUGAACAUGCAAAGAAGGAGAUGACAUUUGAACACGCGAAUCUGAGGCCUUGCAUGGUUUGGACUGAUGGCAAAUGGAUAAAUGAAAAGUAUGACAAGAGACCUGGUGUGCUCACUAGGCAGUCUGAGAAUUCGGACAAACAGCAGAAAUGGGCUGAAGAACAUCAAGAUCAGAAUGGCUUUGUUUCUGCAGAGAAGAGGGAUAAUGGUGGGGUUCAUGUUGAAGAAAUUGUCGACAAAGAAUGUCUUACAAAAGAAGUUGAUGUGCCUGAUAAAGAAGCAAAAGGUGCAAGGUCUGCAAGAAAUUGUGAUCUCUCUGUGAAGAAAGAUGAGAAAAAACAGAGCAGUGAACAGGAAAUACAUACUGUUAAUUGCAUUAAGGGUUCAACUGAAGGGGACAACAGUUCUAAGAGAAAAAGGGGAAGACCAAAAGCGUUGCCUAAAAAGAAACAGAUAGGUUCGAUGAAAGAUCUCCUACAGGCUACAAGUGAGAUAAUCACAGGAGCUAAGAUGAAUAUGCAAGAUUCGUGUAUAGGAGAUGAAGCGAAAUUAAGUGCAGAGGACUGUGUAAUUUCUACAGCUGUUGAUGAAAUACCAAAUAAUGGUGAUCUUUGUGGCUCGACUAAGAAAAAUUUGGCGGUUAUUACAUCUAAUAGGAAGCUUAGAAGCAGAGGUCGUAGGCCCAAUAGGAUGGUUAGCAGAACAGCAAACACACCUCUGCUUGAUGACCAGGCAGGUGAAACAGAUCCAAGUAAAAUAGUUAACCAACCUGAUAAUUCCGGCUCAAAUGGGCAGGCUGAAAUGAGUAGAACUGUUGACAGUGAUUCUCGAUAUGAAGAAUGCAAUAAGAGUGAUAACGUAAAAGAUGACAAUGUGAUGAUUGAUGAAGUUGGUGAUAUCAAUGAUGAUCAACCUCUAUCAACGUGGUUAAAUGAAUUACCUCCAGUUGGUUCAGAAAGUUCAAGGGCUUUGCCUGUCCAAGACCAAUGUGCUAAUGCAGAAGGCCUGCAUGAUGGUUUCAGAACUCCUCUUCAUAGGAAAGAUGGUCCUGGCAUUGAUUCUAUGGAGAACGACAGUUUACCAUUUGUCAAGUGUUCACCACUUUGGAAAAAUAUUGAUUCUAUGGAAUUAUACAAGACACAGAAGCCCCACUUCUCUCCUCUGGUCAAAUCUAGAGAAGAAAUUCGGGAGGGAUUGGCUAUAGGUGUUCUGGUAAAUUUUUCAAAUCUGGUGGAGAACACGUCAAAGCUACAGUUCUCUUCUGACAUUGCCAUCAUUGAAAGAAGUUUGGAAACUCUUCCGGAGUUCGAAUCUCAUGGCUUUGAUGUUAAGAAAGUUCGAUCAUGCUUGACCCAGUUAUUGUCAAAGAAAAAACAGGCCGAGGAGCUUCAGAAGGAGUACGAAGAUAUCAGAAAUGAGUUGUCUAACAGUGAUUAUGAAGGUAAGCUUGAUGAAGAGAUCAACCAACUGUACCAGAAAUUCAGAGAGAUAGAAAAGAAGCUCGUGGAGGCCAAAUUGAAGAAGGAGACGAGGGAGAAGACGUUAUCAGCAUUGCAAUCAAGACGAGAUGUGGUUGCAAAAACUGUUCAGAGUCUUGAAGCUGAAUUCAUAAAUGUAGCUGGUUCUCUCUAUGGUAAAUGAUAUUUUGCAGUGUACUGUAGAAGUAAUAUUAGGUAAAUCUUAAUCAAGUAAAGGCAGCUGAAACUGCACAGGAAGGUUCAGUUUACUUCUGAACUUAAUUAGCUUUUUGUUGUGUGGAGCUGUCUGUCUUAAUCCUGUAGAAAAUAUUGUUAUCUUAAUGCCCUUUUUUAUACA